UUGGAUAAAUUUUAUAGUUUUUAUUACAAAUUAAUGCAAAUUGGGAAACAACUAUAUGCACCAAAACUUAAAGAAGCAGUGGAAUUAACGUUUAAAAAAAAGUUUCAAGCCCCUGCGUUGGAUGAAAUAUUUCAUGAGUUAAAUCAUUCGUUAGAAGAAACUUUGAGGAGGAGAAAUGAUUUUGAAACUAUGUUGGAUCAUCUGAACACAUUUAAAGCAAAAAAGGACAGCAUUGAUAAAAUUAUUGCAGAAAUGAAGGCACAAAACAAGUUUUCUUUCGACUGGGUAACAGCUUUGGAAGAACUUCAGGAUCAAAAUGUUUUGAAGAUGGAGGAAUUUAAAUCAUUCAUUGAUGACAAGUGCAUCCAGUCUGUAGAACCGGAUUCUCAGUCAAUUAUAAACCUGAAGACAGUCCAGUUUUCCCUUGAAUAUGGAAACUAUUCGAACUUAUAUGAAGUGGAAAUGGCUCUAGUGAAACUCCAAAAUUUUUUUAAGGAAAAGGACGCCCAAAAAAUAUAUCCUGGCAAGGUAGUUAAAGAUUUUAACGAAUCUGUUAUCAGAUUCUGGACGAGACAAAUUAGAACAAACAUUUUGGACAAAAUAAAAGAUCGUUUUGACUGGAACAAGUAUGAAGAUUGGAAAAAUUCUGUAAUCGGGGAAAUAAAUCUCUUGCUAGAAUCUAACCUGGUCAUAGAGAAAGAGACAUAUUUACAUUUCGUGAAACUCAAAUUGCAGCAAAUUAUUUACUUUUCCUUAAAGCAAGGGAAAAUACAAGAUUUGAAGACUUUAAAACUUCAUGAUGAAGGGGACGAGCUGGAGAGACUGAAAAGUGUACUAAGACGUUUGGAAGUGAUUGAUUUAGGGAUUCCACAGAAUAUACUAACCUUGACGGUAGCAGAUGUAAGCAAAUUUCUCCAAGGACUCGAACUAUUAAGUUCUAAUCAUACCUCUCCAGACAGCCUUCACACCGCCUUCGCCUAUUUUACUGAAAGCUUCAAAGAAUUUAUUGCCUCAGCUGGGAAUGAAACCGAAGAAGAGCUAGCUAAUUUUUUCCAAGAUAUUGAAUUGCGUUUAGUAACCGAGUGGGAAAAGGUGACUGGCCUUGCACAACUUCAUGAUUCCCACGGAGCAGAAUUGAAUCACGAUGAUGUGGGAAAGAUCAAUCGAUCAAUUGACGAAUUAUUUAUGAAGAACAUUAAAAAUAAAUCAAAACUCAGCGGGAGGUUUAAGAUUAUCGUACACAAAUGCCUUGGAAGCGUGAAAAGUUUUGGCUUGCAAGAUUUCGAAAAACUCUCAGAAACUUUCACAAAUCAUUUAAAUAAACUUAAGUGUACAGUCGAAGAUACAAUUUCGGAGCUGGAGGAAAUUAUAAUUGACGAGGAAAGACUGUCAGAUAUGAUUAAUAAAAGCAUCGAGACUAAAAAGAUGACCGUGAGCUGCUACAUUCAGGCUUGGGAGAACUUUGAUCAGCCUUGGAAUCAAAUUAUUGCAAAGGAAAGAAAAUAUUUUCGAAAAAUCUUACGAGAAGUUGAAGCAGAAGCGUUUGUAAGAGAAGAUGAAAGUGAUUCUGAAGAAACUGGUUCUGGAGAAAGUGGUUCUGAUGAACAAAGUCAAGUUUUUUCCACGCGGAAACUACUCAAAAAAAUCGAAAAGAAUUGCUCAAGAUUUCACGAUAUAGAUAAAGCGAUCAUGCCUGCUAUUAAACUCACCUGUGAACUUUUCGCAGGCCUACGUAAAAAUAAUGAAGUCGAAAUGAAAUUUUUACUUGCACUCAUUUCUUUAGGUAGAGUUUGCUCAUUUCCUCAAUUUACACAAAUUCUGAAAACGUAUCUGGACGAUGAGAUGAACCUAGUUGGGAUUAAGGAAUUUUGUUAUGAAAAUGUGACAAAUUCAGUUCGCAAAUUAGUUGUAAAAUUUUCAAAAUCCGACUUGAGCAUAGGUGCAAGAAUCAAGAUUUUGGAAGCGUUCAUGGAACCAUCCGAAUCUGGUGGAUUAAUAAAUGUGGGAGACUUUCGCACUUUGUUAUCCAAGACAGAAGAAUAUUUUUUUGGAAAAAUGGUGAAUAAUGAGGAAUCGAGUUUCAAAAUACCCAGCAAUCUAAAAACCUUAACUGACUGGGAAGUAGAAUUUCAGCAUACGUACAUGCAAAAUUUAUUGAGGGAAUUGGUAUCAGAUGUUGAGGAAAGCAAAAGGAGAGAACUUUCCAAAAUGGUAGAUAUUUGGGGUCAGGAAGUAGGAAAAGAAAAUGGCGUCGAAGGCCUAGAAAAAUGGAUGACAUUUAUUUCUAAGCUAGCCGAAGAUUUGUUAGUGCUCCCAAUACCAUUUGACGAUCUUUCAACCCUCCUCUCCAAGUGUAGACAGUUUCCUGUACCCAAACUUAUACAAGUAGUUAAUCAGCAUGUCCCCCAAACUUUGCUGAAAUACAUCUUAGAAGCAGAAAUUGAAGAACUCGUUUCAAGCCAACUAAAUAAGUGGGAAACUUCUGAAGUAAUGAAGCGGCUUGAUUUGUUCAUAAUAUCUGAACAGCAGAUAGUCUGGGAGGAUUUCCUAAAGAAAAUUCUCCACGAAAUUCCCAGCCUUAAAUCGCCCGAACGAUUGAAAUCGUUAUUGAUUGAAACUAUUGAUCCAUAUAAACUGCAUGGAAGUCAGCGUACGUCGGUAAUUUCAAAAUGGAUUCGGCUUCCAGUAGCAAAAUGGAAGCAGCAACUUCAGACUCCUAUAUAUGCGGAAUUGAUCCCUGCUGCAUCUGACACAUUAAUGUCACUUCUGCUGGAGGUGGACGAAAAAUUUUCGACCAAAGAUGCAACCAUGUUUGCAAAAUACUACAAAGAACAUAAGUUGGGACUUAACAAGCUUGAGGAUAUAUUGGGAACAAUUAUCAAGAACGACUUAAUGCUUGACUCAACCGCCGUAAAAAAAAUUAUGGGCGAAAUGGACACAUCCAAAAUUCAGGAAAUACUGGAAAAUUACAAAACAGUCUAUGACAACACAGAACUCAAAAAGACACCUCUGGUUGACGCAAUUAUAACUAAAAACAAAGAUGACAAUAUCCCGUCUCCAGAAAAACAGGAUAAAUUGCGUUCACAAUUGACAGCGGAUCUUCGUGAGAUAUCCCGUCUGUCCAAGGAACCCACAAAGGACAACAAAAAGAAAAUUAAUGAAUGGUCUACACAGGAUAUUAUGACUUGGUUGAAAUCCCUCAAUGAUACCACUGUAUCCCUCAACGAGCCUAAAGUUAGGCAGGAAAUGCUCGCAGUAAUAUCCCAAGGCGCCAAGUUGAUCAAAGGAUAUUGCCCAAGGGACGCUCAACUAGCAACAAUCCUUUCCUUCAUCUACGCCGCCAACGAUGGGAUAGGACGUUUUGGGGAGAUAGCGACUAGUGAGGGGAAAACGCUAAUUUCUGCCGUAUUAGGCAUUACACUCGCUCUAACGAGGAAGAAUAUCUAUAUCAUCUCAAGUUCCGCUGUCUUGGCGGAAGAUGGGUUCCAGAAUAUGAAAAAGUUGUUCGACGUUUUUGGGGUUGAGGUGGGCAACAUAUCUGAUCCGGAUGUGCGCAAAGGAACCCCGAGUUCGGAAAAACAGCUAAGAAAACUGUACAACAUGAGGGUUCUCUAUGGAGAUGCAGGAAGUUUCCAAGCAGAUUACUUGCAUUGUAACCAUCUCGGAAAGGACUACAAGGGAGGGACGGAUGCCGGGUACUUGAUUGAGGACGAAGUUGACUCAAUGCUACUAGACAAAGGUACUAACGUCCUCUACAUUUCUCACACUAUACCAGAACUUAAGUUCCUUCGCAACAUCUUUCUUGAUAUUUGGACUUGUGUGUUAAAGGAUGUCAACAAAUUUGCCAUUUAUCGUUACAUUAUGAUGAAAUAUAUUCGUGUAAAAAGACCGGCCUUUUCAUCAUUCCUGAAAGAAUUUGUAGAACAUAGGACUCCUGUGUGGAUAAAUAACGCUUUUAUAGCCAAGGACAUGAGAAAGAAUGUUCCCUACAUCCUUGCCGACGGAGAGGAAGGAAAAGUAACAAUUGUUGACAAUGAUACAGGCGUAGAACAAAAGCAGACGCAAUAUUCAUACGGCCUUCACCAAUUUCUACAAUUGAAAGAAGGAAACAAGAUCAGCUCAGAGAGUUUGAAAGCGGUGUUUGUAUCGAACGUUGGAUAUUUUUCAAAUUUUAAAGGAAGAAUAUUUGGCAUUACUGGAACCCUUGGGGAAAGUAAUGCAAAACGAAUUUUACAAAAAGUUUAUGAAGUUGAUUUUAUCAAGAUGCCAAGAUUCAGGAAACGACGAUGUGUUCAGCUUCCGCCAAAUUUUUUUAAGAAAAGUGAAGAAAUCAAAUACGAAUCAGCAGUUCUAGAAUCAAUCAAAAAGAGGGGGAAGGAACAACCCAUUUUGUUUAUUUGCGAGAAUGUCAAACAAUGCAAGGAUCUUAAUUCCAAGCUGAAAUCUUUGUUCAUUGAAGACCCCGAUAGUUUAAUCUGUAUCUACGAGUCUGAGGAAUAUGACAAGUUUCUGAAAUUGAUGGAGAAACAUAAAAUAAAACCUGGGACUGUGAUUAUUAGCACAAAUCUGGCUGGGCGGGGGACGGAUAUUAAUCUUUCGGACGAAUGUGACGACAAAGGGCUGCACGUUGUCUUGCUCUACAUUCCCCCAAAUGUCAGAGUUGAGAAGCAAGCCUUCGGUAGAACGGCACGUGCUGGACAAAAUGGCUCAACAGAAUACAUUGUUCUCCUUCAGGAUGAAAUCGCCAUUAAUUUGGAGUCUCAUUUUAGUGAAAUGUUGGCUAGGGAAUCACAAAGGUUGGAACAAGUUGAAAAGAUUCAACUCCCACAAAUAAUCCUGGAGGAAGAGCUAUUUAAAGUUUUUGCCAAGAAAAUGAAACAGAUUAAGGAGAAAUUCGACGACAAGGAAAAAAUCCGUGAUGCGAAAAUACACAUUGUGAAGAAUCGUUGGGCUUUCUGGGUAGAUAGUGUGCAGUCACAACUUCAAAUGCUGCACAUCAACGAGGAAGGAAUGCGAGAAAUUAUUUGGCAAAAGUUCAAUAACUUCUCUGAUGAAUUAGACAGUGUAACACACUCUGAUGCUACACUGUGUCGUUCUCCAUCCGACUUCUUAAAGCUAGCUCAUGCCUACGAGGACGAAGGGAAGUUUGAGCAAUCAGUUAGUCUCUUAACCAAGGGGAUUGAACAGGAGCCGGAAUACAACGAGGCCCUCCAUUAUUACUUAGGUUUGUGUUACCUUAAACAAGAAACGAAAGGAGGCAAAGCCAACUUGGAACUUCGAGAAAAGGCACGCAAGGUUUUGAAGAAGGCCAUGAUGAAAAUAUCUUCAAGGAAAGAUAAAAUGACAGGUGCCUUCACAAACUUCAAAUCACAUCUUGACCAAAUGACGAGUCCAGAUUUCAAACCAAAUUUAAAGGAUUUGGGAAAGCAAAUGGAAACAGAAGUCGAACUAUUAUCCCACCACGAACAAAUGUUUUUGUAUCCGGCUUUGGGAUUUGAAAUUCAGGGAAAUUCCUUCAAAGUGCUGAAAUCUGUUAAACAGGAAGAAGCCGAAAGCAUAGAAAUAUUUGAGGCAUUAUUAAACGAAAAAGAUUUAAUUAAGGGGUUAAGAACUAGCAAGAAAUUUAAUUUGAGAAAAGUCGAACUGAGCGGGGAACCAUUGGAUUUUAAUGAAUUGGGUUUAUCACUUUUUGAGGACAGUUUGAGGGGGAUUUUUCAAGAAAUGACAGAACAAAAUGAAGCAUUGUCUUGGAGAAGCCGACAUUUUGACCAAGCUGCAUUGGGAAAAGGCGUUGUUUCCAAGGACUACAUCAAAGAAAUGAUCAAGGAAGCCAAAAUAGAAAUUUAUAACGAAAAAACGUCCAAACCAGAAAUGCUAUCGUGGUUGGAAGAUGCUAACGAUUAUCAAAUUCUCCAAAUAUUUUAUGAUGAUUCUCGCUUUACAAUGGAAGGAAUUAGCGAAUCAUUUAAACAAUAUCUUGUCACAAUUGGGAAAAUUUUGGGAGAGAAUAACUUAAAAUCAGUGUAUGAACCUGAAUUGGAAAAUCAACUUCAAGAUGAGUUAGAUUGUAGCGCCGCUGUAGCGAAGGAAUUAGUGCAGGAACUGUUGAACAAAAAAUACAUUCUGAAGCAAAAUCAUUUCAAAGGAACGAUUGCAUCGAAUUGCCACUUGAAAUAUUUCAACAAAAAAUUGCACGGCCUUCCAAAAUCUUUACUGAGGUAUGAAUCAGUUCUCACGACGUGGCUUGUUUCCCCAGAUAGCAAAAUUUGUCCACAAAUAGAUACGAAAUCUUUAGACCUUUUACUGCCUGUUUCUGUCGGUGAUGAAUUAACGGAACGUGAAAUUAAUGAUGUCAUCAGUAUUCUAGAAGGUGCUGGUGUCCUCAAGCAACCCAAAGUAAUUUGGUCUCUUCGCACUUGGUUUGGUAAAGAAGAGAACAGGAAAACGGAAAUUGAAAAUAUAUUGGGAUGGAGCCCCGAAACUGGUGAAUCGAACCUAAUCGGGCAGCUGAGGAAGAUCUUUAAGAAGUAUCACAUAAAAGAAUUUGAGGAAAACAAGCAAACUACGUAUCUAGAAAGUACGGCUAGUUUCCUGGGAAGCGUUAUGGAAUGGAAGUUUGAAACCGAGUUUGAAAAAGGCUUUCAAAAAUAUCUGGAAGAAAUUUCGAAUUUUCUUUACGAUUCUGUAGGAAAGCUGAAGACUAUUCCAACGAUCAAGGUAGAUACGUCCUCGCUUGCUUCUUGCUACACUGGUCAAGCAAUUCCGGAAGAGUAUUACGCUUUGGCGGAGGAGGGGUUUGAUCGGGUUCCGGUCCUUAAGGAGAAACUACCAUGGUGGAAUACUGGAGCUGCUAUAGUUGCAGUUUUAGGAGUUUUACAAAUCGCGGCCGGCGUUGCGGUUGCAAUUUUGUCGGCAGGAACAUUAGCAAAUGUUUCCAUGAUGCUGAUAAGUGAGGUUGGAGGAGACUUAAUUUUUGCGGCGCACUCCGCUUGGCAGGGAUCAUUUUCUUGGAAAAGUUAUGGCAUCCAUAAGGCAUUCAGUGUGGCUUGCUCCAUUGCCACGGGUGGAUUGGGAGGUAUAACAGGAGGCUCAUGGGGUACCGUAAUAUUGAUGGAGGUUGGGGAAGAGAUAUGGAAAAAGACGCUAAAGACCGUUGGUCGCUAUGCUCUACAAGCUGUCGGCACGAUCGUGGCAAACAUGACGAUUGAGAAGGUUCUAGAUUGGUUGCGUGGAAAGGUCAUGUGGCGCGCCAAAGUGGCCUUCCAAUUUUGGUCUCAAUCUUAUCAAGUCUACAUGAAAGCAAAGGAACGAUUGCGGGCAAGUUUGAAAUCCGUGUUAGCAGCCAGCUAUAGGACUAAUCAAUUAGAGAGUGCGAUACUAAAUUCUAAAGAAGCCCUUGGCCCAACCGGGACUUCUGAUACCGCGCACACAUUUCAAGUUUCCAUGCGCCGAGUUGCGCAUUUUUACAUGUCUAAAUUGACCGAAAAAAUGAGCUCCGCACUUGGACAAGGAAUUCUGGAAAAACAGGGGAAGGAAAAUUCAACUUACCGGACAGUAACAGAAGAAUCUAAAGAACGUUCGGGAGCUUUAAUUGAAACAUUCAUGAAUACUGUGGACGACCAAGUUGUUGAAGCGGGCCUGGAGAAAUUUCAGUUCGAGAUAGCUGAACCAGCCUUAAAGCAAUUGAGUGCGAAAUGGUUCGAUUCUAAAUGCAGUAAAGGAUUAGCAGCAAGUCUUCCAGGCGGGAGCAAAGCGUCAUCAUCCUACAUGAAACAAUUCAACCAAAUGAGUGUUCCUGCCACCUUGUCAAUGAACACCCGGUUAGGAUUUGACCACGAGAAUAAAGCCAGGAACAAUAUUUGGGAUACGGAAAUUGGUCAAAACAUCAUUACCAGAGUGCAGGAAGCGGACAUUCAAUUUGUCAGGGAGAAAUGCAGCAUUGCGAUUUCCUCUGUUGGAGCGGCCACAUUAAAUUUUGUUCUAUCCGGCGCGAAACCUGAAACGGUUUGGCGUGCGGAGAGAGUUGGUGCUAAUUUUGUAAGAAAAAUCGAUUUCUAGGAUAUUUUGCAAGUAGUCAAGAGCAGUUAAAUUGAAAAGAAAUGUAUUUAAUAUAAGUAUGGAAUAAUAAAUAUUAUC